UGAUAUCUCUCUAUUAACUCCAUGGUUAUACUAACGCCAAUCGCGGAAAGUAACAGGCGUUACAAACUUGUUCUGUGUGAUACACAGUUAUGUAUUCGCUCUUAUUUGGACAAUUGUCAUGUCUUUUUAUUACAUUGGUGUUCAUUUGGAUUUACAAAUACAGUAUACGGAGUUUCACAUAUUGGAUAAAACGAGGCGUUCCUGGACCAAAACCUGUACCUCUUAUUGGGAAUGGGUUUGAUAUGUUUUUCAGAAAAGGAUUUCACCAGAGCCAUUUGGAUUAUAUUUUGAAAUAUGGUCCUAUCGUCGGAGUAUUUCAGGGGCGAGAUCCGCAGUUGAUCAUAGGCGACUUAGACAUACUACGAGAUAUACUGAUCAAAGACUUUCAUCAUUUCCACGAUCACAGAGUUUUUAUCGACGACAACUUCACACCAUUAAACAAGGGGAUGAUUCAACUAAAAGGGGAGAAAUGGAAGAGUGUCCGGAGCAAAAUCUCGCCUACCUUUAGCACAAGUAAGAUAAAAAUGAUAGCACCAUUGAUCAAUUAUUCUUGUGAAGUAUUGUCUGAAAGAAUAAGUCUUGCUGAAACUAAGGAAAUCGACGUAAAACAACUGUAUGGUUGUUUUAUGAUGGACAUUGUGGCAAGUACAAAUUUUGGUCUAGAGCUUGAUUCUUUGAAAAAUCCAAAAAGCUUAUUUAUCAAACACAUUAAGAAAUUCCUUAAUGGCGGACGUAAUUGGUUGUUUGCUCUUAUGAUGUUCCCAAAAAUAGGAAUUGCAUUUAGCUCUCUAGGUUUAAAAACUUUUCUAAAGGAGCCAUUAGACUUUUUUGUUAACGUGACUAAUCAGAUUGUGAAAGCAAAAGAGAAUGAUUCUAAUGCAAAUGGAAUAAAUUUUAUCAAUUUAAUGAUCGAUACCAAUACGACGGACAUUAUGACGGAUGUUAAACAUAAUCGCUGUAGCCCACCUAAGGUAGGCCUAUUGCUGUCAACUGAAGAAAUUGUGGCACAGUCUCUGUUUUUCAUCGUAGCUGGUUACGAUACAACUAGUACACUUUUGAGUUGUGUAUCCUACCUGAUGGCUCUACACCCCAAUAUCCAAGACAAACUUGUCAGUCACAUUGAAGAGGUCUUGCAAGGUGAAGAUUCAGUGUCAUACGAUGCUAUCUCUAAGAUGAAAUACCUGGAUCAGAUAAUUCAGGAAACACUAAGGUUGUAUCCCUCGAUUCCAUUUUCAGAUAGGGUAUGUAACUCAACAUGGACGAGUAAACGAUUAACGAUUGAAAAAGGAACAUUUGUGACCAUUCCCAUCUGGGCAAUUCAUCACAACCCAAAUAUUUGGACUGAUCCAGAUAAGUUUGAUCCAGACAGGUUCAGCAAGGAGAACAAACAGAAGCACCAUCCAAUUUCAUGGAUCCCGUUUGGACAUGGACCAAGAAGUUGCAUAGGCAUACGUUUUGCAUUAACAACCGUCAAAUACGCAAUCAUUCAUGUUUUCAGGAAAAAUCGAGCGGUUCCAACUGAAAAGACUCCAAAUGCAAUAGAAUGCAAUGAUUUUGGUCAGGUUAUUCCUAAAUCCGGCAUUACAAUUCGUUUUGAGAAAAGAUGUUGUUAGCUAUUGCCAUUUUGUUGUAGUUCGAAUCAAUUCAAUUCAAUACUAACAUUUAUUUCUCAGUAAGUUAAAUGGUUAUACUGGUACGCCCGGACAGUUAAGCCUAACUGUGUUUAAAUACCGUACCGUAAUACUUAACAAUCAAGAGGAUACAGAUUUUAAUAUAAUGGAUGUUAUCGAAAAGAAAACAAUGUGAAUUACCGUAAAUGCACGAAUAAGCGCCGCUCUCGAAUAAGCGCCGCACCAAACCUGAGUUGUCGCUUAGCGCCGCUCUCGAAUAAAUUUUUAUGUUUUUCGUAGGUAAGUUUGGUGAAAUUUCAUGAAUAACUCUUCUUAUCGCUAAUAUUUUGCGCAUGCGCUACUUUCAAGUCCGUGUCAGCCCAUUGUCAGCCUGAUAUCAGCUGCUCUGAACAUUAAUGCGAUAGGACCUAGUUUUCAGCCCUUGUAUGGGCUUUUGUAUUUGGUUCAUUGCAAAAAUAAAACCAGUGAUUGAAUUGACUCAGUUGAUUUUGAAUUUUAAUACAUUAGUUAACCUAAACUACUAUCCUGAACACAAAAUUACGUGUUAAUAAACAUCAGACAGAAAGUAGUGGAAGAGAAGAAGGGUAGGCCUAUUAGUGUAUGUUCAACAGUGGAGGGAAACUCCACUGUCGGUUGUAUGCCAGAUAGUCGAAAUUCAGUUUGCCGAAUGCCAGAUUGUCGAGACCACUUUUGCAGAAUCCGAGUUUGCCGAGUACCAGUUUGCCGACUCAAAAACAAUUAGGCCCUAAUCUAGUUGGCCGAAACCCAGUUUGCAGACCUCAGUUUGCCGAAAGUCAGUUAAAAGCAGUGAAACACAAACAGCAGCAUAAAAUUCAAGAUGAAAUACUCUGACCAUGGUCCUAUUUAAUACUAAUAGGUCCAUGUUCUUAAAGGCCAACUCAGACAGCGUCGACGACGCAGCUCGACACGAUUUGUUGUCGCGUCGGGUCUGUGUGAAAGGAGAUCACUCGGCAACAGAUCCC